CUGGAAAUGGCCCUGUCGGUGGACUCCUCUUGGCACCGCUGGCAGUGGCGUGUCAGAGCUGGCCUUCCCCAGUCUCCGUCAGAAGCCACACCACUGCUGUCCCCAGAGAAGGAGAGGCGGGGCUACAACCUGACGCAGCAGCGGGUCGUGUUCCCCAACAACAACGUAUUCCACCGAGACUGGGCCAAGGUCUCCAGGAGAUACUCCGACAACAGGAUCUGCACAACCAAGUACACCCUCCUGAGCUUCCUGCCCCGGAAUCUCGCCGAGCAGUUCCACAGGGGGGCUAACCUCUAUUUCCUGUUCCUGGUGAUUCUGAACUGGAUGCCCGCCAUCGAAGUUUUCCACAGGGAAAUCACCAUGUUCCCAUUGGCCAUUGUGCUGUUCAUCAUCAUGGUCAAGGACGGCGUGGAGGACUUCAAGAGAUACCGCUUUGAUAGAGAGAUAAACUGCUCUCACAUCCAGAUAUAUGAAAGGAAGCAGCAGAGCUACGUGCAGAAGCGCUGGAAGGAUGUGCGCGUGGGAGACUUCAUCCAGGUGCAAUGCAAUGAGAUCAUCCCGGCCGACAUACUCCUCCUCUUUUCCUCGGACCCCGGCGGGAUCUGCCACCUGGAAACCGCCAACUUGGAUGGAGAGACAAACCUCAAGCAAAGGCGUGUGGUGAAGGGCUUCUCUCAGCAGGACGCACGAUUCGAACCCGAACGCUUCCACAACACCAUCGUGUGUGAGAAACCCAACAACCACCUCAGCAAAUUUAAGGGUUACAUGGAGCAUCCUGACCAGACCAGGACCGGCGUUGGCAGUGAGAGUCUCCUGCUUCGAGGCUGCACCAUCAGAAACACCGAGGUGGCUGUUGGCAUUGUCAUCUACACAGGCCACGAGACCAAAGCCUUGCUGAACAACAGCGGCCCGCGGUACAAACGCAGCAAGAUCGAGCGCCGCAUGAACACGGACAUCUUCUUCUGCAUCGGGCUCCUCUUCCUCAUGUGCCUCAUCGGAGCUGUAGGUCACAGCCUCUGGAACGGGACCUUUAGAGAGCACCCUCCCUUCGAUGUGCCAGACGCCAAGGGCAGCUUCCUCCCCCUGGCGCUCGGGGGCUUCUACAUGUUCCUCACCAUGAUUAUCCUGCUCCAGGUGCUGAUCCCGAUCUCCCUGUACGUGUCCAUUGAGCUGGUGAAGCUCGGGCAAGUCUUCCUCCUGCACAACGACCUCGACCUGUACGACGAAGAGACCGAUCUGGCCAUCCAGUGUCGAGCCCUGAACAUCACGGAGGACCUGGGCCAGAUCCAGUACAUAUUCUCUGACAAGACAGGGACCCUGACCGAGAACAAGAUGGUGUUCCGGCGUUGCACCAUCAUGGGCAGCGAGUAUUCUCACCAAGAAAACGCCAAGCGACUGGAGGUCCCGAGGGAGCUGGACUCCGACAGUGAAGAGUGGACCCAGUACCAGUGCCUGUCCUUCCCGGCCAGAUGGGUCCCAGGCUCAGCAGCAGUGAAAAGCCAAGGAGGGGCCCAGCCUCUGAGGAGAUGCCAGAGUGCCCGGGUGCCCAUCCAGGGCCACUCCCGACAAAGGUCCAUGGGGCGCUGGGAAAACACACAGUCUCCUGUCGCCUUCAGCAGCUCCAUCGAAAAAGAUGUGACUCCAGAUAAAAGCCUACUGGCCAAGGUGAGAGAUGCUGCCCUGUUGCUGGACACCUUGCCAGACUCUAGACCUGCCAAGCCUGCCCUCUCCACCGCCUCCUCCAUCGCUGACUUCUUCCUUGCCCUCACCAUCUGCAACUCCGUCAUGGUCUCCACAACCACCGAGCCCAGGCAGAGGGUCACCAUGCCACCAUCGACCAAGGCUCUGGGGACAUCCCUGGAGAAGAUCCAGCAGCUCUUCCAGAAGCUGAAGCUUUCGAGCCUCAGCCAAUCAUUCUCCUCCACUGCGCCCUCUGACACCGACCUGGGGGAGAGUUUGGGGACCAACAUGCCCACCACAGACUCGGAAGAAAGAGACGAUGCAUCUGUGUGCAGCGGUGGCUACUCCACUGAUGGCGGCUAUAGGAGCAGCCCAUGUGACCAAGCUGACACCCUGGCGUCCCGGUUGGGCACUUCCCUGGAGGAGGUGCUGGAGGACCCCGCCCUGGGCCUGGCCAGCCCCGAUCUCUGCUACGAGGCCGAGAGCCCCGAUGAGGCUGCCCUGGUGCACGCCGCCCGUGCCUACAGCUUCACACUGGUGUCCCGGACGCCCGAGCAGGUGACCGUGCGCUUGCCCCAGGGCACCUGCCUCACCUUCGAUGUCCUCUGCACCCUGGGCUUCGACUCUGUCCGGAAGAGAAUGUCCGUGGUUGUGAGGCACCCACUGACGGGUGAGAUCACCGUCUACACCAAGGGCGCCGACUCGGUCAUCAUGGACCUGCUGGAAGACCCGGCCUGCGUGCCCGACACUGAUGUGGAAAAGAAGGUGAGGAAAACCCGAGCCCGGACCCAGAAGCAUCUAGACUUGUAUGCAAGAGAUGGUCUUCGGACCCUGUGCAUCGCCAAGAAGGUCAUAAGUGAAGAGGACUUCCGGCGAUGGGCCAGUUUCCGGCACGAGGCCGAGGCGUCCCUGGACAACCGAGAUGAGCUUCUGAUGGAGACGGCACAGCAUCUGGAGAAGCAACUCACCUUACUCGGAGCUACUGGGAUUGAAGACCGGCUGCAGGAAGGCGUCCCAAACACAAUCGCUGCUCUGAGGGAAGCUGGGAUCCAGCUCUGGGUGUUGACCGGAGAUAAGCAGGAGACAGCCGUCAACAUCGCCUACUCCUGCAGGCUGUUGGAUCAGACCGACACCGUGUACUCCAUUAACACGGAGAGCCAGGAAACCUGUGAAUCCAUCCUCACCUGCGCACUGGAAGAGGUGAAGCAACUUCAUGGACCAUGGAAGGCGGACCGCAGGCUCUCCGGGUUCCACCUGCCUUCUGAGACACCUCCCCCCGCCUCCGGCGCCGCAGCCCCAGAAGUCGGAUUGGUCAUCGAUGGGAAGACCCUGAACACCAUCUUCCAGGGAAAGCUGGAGAAGAAAUUUCUGGAGCUGACCCAGCACUGCCGGUCGGUCCUGUGCUGCCGCUCCACCCCGCUCCAGAAGAGCAUGAUCGUCAAGCUGGUGCGGGACAAGCUGAGCGUCAUGACUCUUUCCAUAGGCGACGGAGCCAAUGAUGUGAGCAUGAUUCAGGCUGCUGAUGUUGGGAUCGGAAUAUCCGGACAGGAAGGCAUGCAGGCCGUCAUGUCCAGCGACUUCGCCAUCUCCCGCUUCAGACACCUCAAGAAGCUGCUGCUGGUGCACGGCCACUGGUGCUACUCGCGGCUGGCCAGGAUGGUGGUGUACUACUUCUACAAGAACGUGUGCUACGUGAACCUGCUCUUCUGGUACCAGUUCUUCUGCGGCUUCUCGGGCUCCACCAUGAUCGAUUACUGGCAGAUGAUAUUCUUCAACCUCUUCUUCACCUCGCUGCCUCCUCUCGUCUUCGGGGUCCUCGAUAAGGACAUCUCGGCAGAGACUCUCCUGGCGUUGCCCGAGCUGUACAAGAGCGGCCAGGACUCCGAGUGCUAUAACCUGCUGACUUUCUGGGUGUCCAUGCUGGAUGCGUUCUACCAGAGCCUCGUCUGUUUCUUCAUCCCUUACCUGACCUACAAGGACUCUGAUAUCGAUGUCUUCACCUUCGGGACCCCCAUCAACACCAUUUCCCUCGCCACAAUCCUCCUGCACCAGGCGAUGGAGAUGAAGACCUGGACCUUCAUCCACGGGCUGGUUCUCCUAGGCAGCUUCCUGAUGUACUUCGUGGUAUCCCUAGUGUACAACGCCACCUGCGUCACCUGCAACAGUCCCACCAACCCAUACGGGGUGAUGGAAGUCCAGCUCUCAGACCCCACUUUCUACCUCGUCUGCUUCCUCACACCGGUUGCGGCUCUUCUCCCAAGGUACUUUUUCUUAGCUCUACAAGGGACGUAUGGGAAGUCUCUGAUCUCAAAAGCUCAGAAAAUCGACAAACUCCCCACAGACAAAAGAGAACUGAAAAUCCAGAGUUGGAGAGGUAGACAGAUGCCCGCCCCUGUCCCUGGAGAGGCUCAGCGCGCCCACCAUCGAGUGCCACCUGUCUCUGAACAGGCCUUCAGAGCCAGCACCCCAAAGUCUAGCCCUCCCAGGAAGAAGUGCAAGGAGGACCGGGGAGUGCACGGAGACCACACGAGGGAUGACCCAUGCUCAGCAGACUCCUCAGCUAUACUCUCAUCCAGAGAUCACCUUCUUCUGGGGCCCAGUAGCAGGAUGGCGUCCGGGGCCUACCCAAGUGGACAGACUGAUGAAGACCAACGCUCGAGCAGGGGCAACCAUCGCCGAUCCCAGAGUUCACUGACCAUAUGA